AUGGCCGGUCGCGGAAUCGCGCUGACGAAGCCGGCAUGGAUGAAGGAGCAGGAGGAGAAGGCUAAAGCAGAAGCGGCCCGAGCAGCAGCCGUCGCCGCCUCCAAGGCCGGCACAGCAGGCGGAGGCGACGACACCGACAGCAGCGACGAAGAGGAGGAGGACGAAGCGACUCGACUCGCGAAGAAGCCCAUCGGGCCGGUCUGCCCGGCCAAGUGCUCCGCCGCGGGAUCCGGCGUCGGGGGCGGAUCGGCGGGUGCGCCCGUGUCCUUCGUUAUAGUCCUGAAAGACGAGGACGGGCGGCGGAUCUUAGCGGGCGGCGCGAAGGUAACGGUGAAGGUGACACCUAAGGCGGGCGUGCCUGGGCAGGAGCAGAUCGCAGCGAUCAAGGACCACGGCGACGGGUCGUACACGGCGACUUACACCGUACAGCACCGAGGAGAUUACACGGUCAACGCGGAGGUCAACGGCAGUCCCAUCAUGGGCAGCCCGUUCCCGGUUUUCUUCAGCGCCGCUACAGCCGGUCAACCGGCGUCAACGCCGCUUCCGGUGGCGGUCAACGCGGCGCCGGCGCCUCCGCUGAUGCCGACGCCGGCGCUGCCGACGCCGCAACUGCCGACGCCGCAGAUGCCGGCGCCGGGCAUGCAUAACCCGUUGAUGGCGGCGGCGCUGCAGUUCCGCGGGCUGCUCCCGACCAUGGGAGGAAUGCCCUUUACCAGCCCGUACCCCGGCAUGGCUGGUGGCGUGCUUCCCGGAACCGGAGGAUUGACGAACAUGCCUCUUGCGCCAUCAGCGGCGGCGAUGGCGGCGGCGCAGAGCAUCAUGGCGGUGCAAGCCAUGCAGGCGCAGGCGCAGGCGCAAGCACAGGCGCAGGCGCAGGCGCAAGCGCAAGCUCAAGCGCACGCGCAAGUGCACGCACAGGCGCAGGCGCAGGCUCAGGCGCAAGCGGCGGCGGCAGCGGCGGCGAUUCAACAGCAGAAGCUGCUGCAGCAGAAGAGCGAAUACAUCGAGGACUUUUAUUCGGCGAUGGACGACGACGAGUUGGAGCGAACGAUGCACGUCACCAACGUCAGCGCGAUCCUCACGCCCGAGCAGCUUCGCCAGCUCUUCGCCUUCUGUGGCACGGUUACCCGCUGCGAAUUUCUCAACGACAAGAAAACCGUCGCACACGUGCGAUUCGCGAAAGCUGACGAGGCGAAAGCGGCGCUCGCGCUGAACAACAUGGCGGUCGGCGACAAGCAACUCAAAGUCGAACUCGCGAAAACCGCGAAAGCCACGCGACAGGCCGUCCUCUCCGCGCUCGCUCCGCCCGCCCCCGCCCCCGCGCCCACCCCCGCUCCCGCCGCCCCCGCGCCCGUUGCGCCUGCGACGACCGCUGCGACGUCGCAGAUGGCGAUGCAGCAGGUCGUCGCAAUGCCGUUCAUGCAGUUUCAGCAGGCGCUUGCUAUGCAGCAGGCGCUGGCGCAGCAGGUGCGCAGCUCCGAGGCUAAGACCAAGGCGGAACUCGCCGCCAAGCGCGCCAAAGAGAUCAGCCGCGCGAUUGCGGCGGGCGGCGCAGGGAAGGACGACGGGAAGGAGAAGGAUGGGAAGGAGGGAGACGGGAAGGGGAAGGACGGGAGCGGGUCUGACAGCCGCACUAGGGACUGGGAGGCUGAGGAGAAGGAGAGGGAGAGGGAGAGAGAGCGGGAGAGGGAGAGGAAGAUUGAGAGGGAUAGGCAGAGGGAGAAGGAGAGGGAGUUACAGCGGGCGCGAGAGAGGGAACGCGAGAGGGAAAGAGAGAGGGAGAGGGCGAGAGAGAGGGAGAAGGAGAAGGAGAGAGAGAGGGAGAGGGCGCGGGAGCGUGAGAAGGAGAGGGAGAGGGAAAGGGCGAGGGAGCGUGGGCGGGACAAGGGUAGAGAGAAGGAGAGGGACAGAGAGGAUGACGACGAGAGAUACGAGGGGAGGCGCGGCAGAGGGAGGAUUGAGGAAGAGGAUAGGUACAAGGGGAGGUAUGAAUCUGAUGAGGAGGAUGAGGAGGAGGAGAGGGUUGAGAGGAAGAAAGGUCACGGGCGGGACGAGCCGGAUUCGGAAGAGGAGAGUGAGGAGCGAGAGGAAGCCAGGCGGAAGGAAGCUGCGAGGAAGGCGAGGGGUAGGGGCGCGAGUGAGGAGAGUGAGGAGGACGAGGAGGAGGAUGAGGAGGAGAGGGGGAAGGAGAGGGGCGGGCGGAAGGAGGCAGAGCGGCGGGAGAAGGAGCUUAGAGAGAAACUGCUUCGAGACAAGCUGGAGAGGCAGAGGCGCGAGGUGGAGCGGCGGAGAGGUGCGAAGGAGGAGGAUGAUGAAGAUGAGGAGGAAGAGAGGAAGGAGAAGAAGGGUGAGCGGGUUGCGAGGAAGGGAGGGCGGGACGAGGAGGACGAGAGUGAUGGUUCGGAUGGGGAAAAGCGGGCUAAGAAGGAGGAGGAUGAGGAGGAUAGUGACCGCUCUGUAGGAGAGGGAGGGAGAGUGAAGAAGAAGAAAGUGAAAGAGGAUGAAGAGGAGGAAGAGAAGCGCAGUGGGAGCGAGGAAAGGCGUGAGAGCGUCGAGAAGGAGGAAAGCGAGGAGAAGGCGAAGGACGCAAGGUCAAGGCGUGCAGGGAGUGUGGAGAGUGAUAAGGGUAAGGGUAGUGAGGGUGAGGGAGAGAGUGAGAGUGAAGGAGAGAGGGCCAAGAAGAUGGAGGUUGAUGCGGAGAAGGAGAAGGAUGAGAGUGAAGAGGAGAAGGAAAUUAAGAAAAAGAAGGGAGGGGAUGAGAGUGAGGAAGAGAAGGAAAAGGAGGAGAAGGAGAGGGAUGAUAUUGAAGAAGAGAGGGAAAUGGAGAGGAAGGGAAGGGUUGAAAGUGAUGAGGAGAAGGAGAAAGAGGAUGAGAGGGAGAAGGCGAAGGAGAGAGAGGGGGAUGAGAGUGAAGAGGAGAAGGUGAUUGAGAAUGGGAGCAAAGGAGGAUCGGAGGACGAGGCAGCUGUGAAGGAGGGAGGAGAGGGGGAGGAGGAGGAGGAGGAGGAGGAUGAGAAGGAGAGGAGGAGCAGGAAGAAGGAGAGUGAACGGCACAAGGAGAAGAAGAGGAAGCACCGCCGGAGAAAGAACCGUGAUGAUGACGAGGAGAGUGAGGAGGACGAGGAGGAGCGGCGUCACAGGCGCAGCAGGAGGAGCAAAAAGAGCCACAAGCGCCGGCGCAGCCGCCAUGAUGACGACGAGGAUGAGGAAGGCGAGGGGGGGAAGGAUAGGUCGUCUGAUGAGGAAGAGAGGGAUGAAAGGGACAGGAAGGAGAAAGGUCGUGGGGGAAGGCGGAAGGAGAGAGGGUCUGAUGAUGAUGAGGAGGAGAAGGGUGGAAGGCGGAGCAGCAGGAAGAGGUCAGGGCGAGAUGAGUCUGAUGAGGAGAAGGGGCGGUCUUCUAGGGAUAAGAAGCACCACAGCCGCAGCCACCGCUCCAGGUCUCCAAUGCAGGCCACUCUUGACCUUCAGAUCAACAUACCAGCACAGACAGCUAAACACCAUUCAUGUGGAGGAUCCGUCCACACUCCAUCAUGUACCGUGCAUCCAAUCGGGCAUCAGCCAGCCAGCCAGCCAUUAAACGCACAAGAUGUAUUGAGGCGUGCACACUAA